AUGGGAUACAAGAUAGCCUUAAAUGUCUCUCAAGACUUAGACAAUCUCAUUUAUGGCGAAGUGGUCGAUAUGCUACAGGCACACGAGAUGGAACUUAAUGGAAUUAAGAAACCAAAAGGAAUAGCUCUAGCAGUUAGCAAAGACAUAACUGACCAAGGAGAAGAAGAUGUUGUGAGCCUGUUGGUAAGAAGAUUUGAUCGAGCUUUGAGAAGAAUAGAACGAGGUCAAGAUCCAAGGAAGAGCAACUCAUUCAAAAAGACGAGUGAGGACAAAAAGGCUGAUAUGCAGUGUCAUGAAUGUAAGGAGUAUGGUCAUUUUAUUCGAGAGUGUCGAACAAUCAAGUUGCGAGAUGCCAAGUGCACAAUUUGCAAAGGUACUGGACACACACAUGAAGAGUGUGUGAGUAAUCCUAAAGCUAAGAAAGAGAAAUCUAUGAUUAGCAUUGAGGAUGAAUCAGACAGUGACUGCAACAGUGAAGAAGAGCUCAUUAAUUUAGUGGCUAUGGUAGGAUUCACUGAAUUUGAGAAUGGGGAAGAGGAAAAUCAAGGGUUGGUAAAAGAAAAACUUCGUCUAGAAGAACUUGUUAUGUCUCUGCAAGAUGAAUUGAUAAAUGAAAAAAAGAUUGCUAAGGAUUCGCUAGAUUUGAUGAAAGAGAAGUUGGUUUUAUUGGCAAAAGCAGACAAGUUUGAAGAAGAGCUGAUUAAUGAAAAGAAAAGAACCGCAGAACUACAAUCUGAAUUAGAUCAACAACAUAGAAAGAUUCAUAUGUUCGCAGGCACAAAGCAACUUGACAAGAUUUUGAGCUAUGGGAGAAUAGAGAAUACUCAUAGACGAUUAGGCUAUAAUGAGAACAAGGGAGCUAAAUCACAGACAACUAAAUUUGUGUUGGUUGAAGCAUAUCAAUCUGAGAAGGAGACAUCUACGGGAUUUUCUAAUGGAUAUUUGAGCUGUUAUUUUUGUCAGAAAAUUGAUCACUUCAAACGAUUUUGUUAUAAGUAUUUGCAGAAGGUUUGGAUGAAGAAAACUGAUCUAUAUCAUUUAGGGUCAACUGUAGCUUCUGGAUCACGAUUUAGAUGCAAUAUGGCCAUGAUUACUGAAGAACAAGAAGAUGCAGAGCCUUGGUUCUUUGAUAGCGGUUGCUCAAGACAUAUGAAUGGAACCAAGAGUAAUCUACAGAACAUUAAGAAAUUGAAGGGAGGUACAGUAACAUUUGGAGAUGGAAGUCAUGGGUUCAUACAAGGCAAAGGUACAACAUGUGAUACAGAGCUUCCACAACUUGUAAAUGUCUAUCUAGUUCAAGGAUUGCGUGCUAAUCUGAUAAGUAUUAGUCAACUCUGUGACGAAGGAUUAUCAGUUUUAUCCACAAAGGUCGAUUGCAAAGCAUUGGAUGAAUCAUGUAAUAUCAAGUUAUAUGGUGUGAGAUCUGGAAAUAAUUGUUACAUGUGGGAGAAACAAUCAAUCAAAUGCUACAAUGCUCAAUGUAGUAUAGAUCUCUGGCAUCAACGACUUGGUCAUAUGAAUACACGAAAUCAUACUACUCUUGGAAAACAAGUCAAGAUUCAGCACAAAAAGGUUCCAGAUGUUCAAUCAAAGUCAUUUCUGGAUUUGAUUCACAUGGAUUUGAUGGGACCAAUGCAAGUGGAAAGCUUAGCUGGGAAGAAGUAUGUGUUUGUACUAGUUGAUGAUUACUCCAGAUACAAUUGGGUUCGUUUUAUCCGUGAGAAGUCAGAUACGGUGGACAGUUUCAAGAUCUUAGCUUUACAACUACUUAAUGAACGUGGAGGCAUCAAGAAAAUUCAGAGUGAUCAUGGUGGAGAAUUUCAAAAUUAA